UAUUUCUUCAUCCUAUUUUCCCAUAAAUAUAUUAUUUUAUAAUAUUUUAGAUUUCAAAAGAUGUUUUUUCCAUAAUUACUUUUUUUUUAUUUUAUUUUUUAUUUUUAUUUUUAUUUUUAUUUUUAUUUUCCUUUUUUUUAUUUUUUUUCCUUUUUUU